AUGCGGAAGCUCACCAUCCUAUUCGCCGUGGUCGCAGCGUCAUGGGCGGAGGCGCAAUCACCGAUAAUGGCAGACUUCAACUACACGCUCAGCGCGGCCGACUUGCCGAUGGACUUUGUCAACGGCUUGAGCAACAUCUGGUCAGAGAACUGGACCGAGUCCACCCAAACGUUUCGACCCGGAGACCUUGGUCAGGGCGUGAUAACCAAAAGCAUCAUCGCGUCCGACCCCAUCUCGAACCCACCGGCUUUAUAUAUCGCCUUUUGUGGCACAGGUAUUGAGCUUGUGGGCAGCGUUACGUCUGCUUCGAUAGGAAUCACCACCGAGAUGGACAGCAGUGCAAACCAAACUGCUACCCUUAAUCAAGGUGACACCAUUCUGUUCAGCGCAUCUGGCCUUCCAUACAGCUUCCAUUUCCUCAGCAUCUGGUUCACCAGCGGCAGUUGCAGCGUCCUCCAGGCCAAUGUCAUUUCGGCCUUUCAAACGUAUGGCCUCUCGAGCGACCAGGCCCCGCUACGCACCGAAACAGUUGUCAGCGAGUCCGGGGACGUCAACCCCUUCUUUGGAACUACGGGGGAUUGGUCGACACAACUUACGCUGGGCAACACUCCCAAUACGAUUGACUAUCCGUAUUUGCAAACCGGAGUCAUCAACUCGACUCUCUCGUUUAUUACUCCGCCUAAUGCAACGUUCCUUUUCAUCAACGGAACUGGCGAAUACCUGGACCCUUGGGUUGGCAUCUGGUCUGAUCCGGUUUUCCCAAACACGCCGCCUUAUGGGAUCUGGGCCUCGGGGUCCCAAUAUUCGACUCCACGAAUGCUAUUCGCAACAAAUCUCUAUCCCAAUCUCCUCUACAAUGUGACGGUCACCCUAAGGUCGUUAACGCCUAACGCCCCAAAGGCUUAUGUAGGGGUGCACGGUGCUACCUUUUACAUGGCCAGCAAUGUGGGGGCCAUCGUGGGUGGAGUGGUCGGCGGCGUCGUUGCAGCUGCCCUCUUUGGUGUUGCGGUGUGGUUCUUUGGAUGCGGCGGCCGGAAACGGUUGGCCGAGCGCAAGCGGGCUGCGGAUCUUGAUCCCAGCUUCAUUGUUGACGACUCGGCUCCGGCAAUGCAGGUUACCCCCUUCAGUGCACCUUUCCAGUACCCAGUCACAGCCUCGAGCCAAGACGAGGAGAUGUCCAAACAUUUGUCCCCUGUACGCCGUAUUUCAACAAACGACGAGACGGUACCGAUACUCGACCGUUCAGUCUCGGGUGGUGGAUCCAGUGGCGAAUCCACGUCAUCUGCUCACCAGUCUUGGAACACCAAAGCCGGUCAGGGACCUCGACACCAUGAAAGUGAAAUCGUCGAGGAAGAAGAUGCUGGCCGUGUGGAAGGUGUUCACUUCGUUCCCCCGAGAUACAAUCCUCACUGGGUUGGGCAGAAUCCUGGUUCUGCGGCUGAGGGUACUGAGGGUUCCACGGCAGGGGACUCUCGACAAUAA